AUUUGAGAGCAGCCACUCUAUCUUCUCUCUCUGCAAUCAUUCCCGAAAACUGAGAUUUACCUUCGUCGGUUCUUAAAAGACCAUCUUUUCAAUCAAGAAACACAGAGCGCUCAGGAAAGCUAGUAAAGAAGCUUAAAGAAGAUGAAGAAAAGAGAUGGAGUAGAGCCGCUGAUGACGACACUCUUUUGGGUUUUUUUUUUAGUUUUUUUAUUUAAAUUAUUUCUUUUGUUUGAUUCAAUUGUAUAAUACAUAAUCAGAGUUGUAUAAUCAGCUGUAAACGUGGCAAAUCUUUUUUUAAUUUAUUCCAUCAGAAGUAGUUGUAAAAAGUGUGAUUUAUGAAUAAAUGUAUCUGUUUAGAGUUUUCUUUUUUUUAAAAAAAAACUAUGUGAAUUACGCUUAGGACCCGCUUCUUUCUCGUGAAUCUAGAUUCCAAGCUAAUACGGAUCUAUAAUUUUUUAUUACGUCCUUCUAUUUAUAUUGACGACCCAUUUUCAUUACUUUCUCUUUGUUCAUCAACCACACCGAUUUUCUCAGUUGUUAGUGUUUAUAAAAUAAUUAUUUUCGUUCCCAAUUUCUAUUCAUUUUCAUUUUCGUUAUUGUGUUCAUAAAUUCUAAAUUUCGAGACGACCCAUUUCUGUUCAUGACGUCCAAUUUUGACCGAUGGGAGAAAGAUCCUUUCUUUGAAGCUGCCGAAGAAGUUCAGGAAUCUGCAGACAGGUUGGAAUCUGCAUAUAGGACAUGGAUUCGUUCCACAAAAGAUGAUUGCAGCGUGUGGAACUCUGUUGAGCUUCGUAGAGAUCUAAAUACUGCUCUUGGCACUGCUAAAUGGCAGUUAGAUGAAUUCAAUCGGGCAGUUAAAUUGAAGCUCAAUUGAAGAUACGAGAAAUAGGCACCGCAAUUUUGUUGCUGCCAUUGAUGAUAAGAUCACAAAAGUUGAGUAUUCUAAAUGAAUCUGACCAAGCGGGUGGUGAGGCAUCUCGGCCUUGGGCACGUUUAAUUUGGAUGAAGGAGAACAAGAUGAACUUGCAUUAUUUCUUUCGGGAAUGCCAGUGACCGGAAAUCCACGAUUAGUUGAUGACGAUUUAGUCAGUAAUUGUUCAAAGAAUGCACAUGUUUUGUCUGGGUUGGGUGAAGCAAAGGAAGAUAGAUUAUUUUCAUCAAUUCAUUUUCCUCAAAUGUUAGUCUAGGUCUGAAUCCGUGGGAAUGUGCAUUGUGGUUAGAGGUGAUGCUUAAUUAAAGUUGCUCUUAUUUUCGGUGAUGUUUAAUCAAAGUUAAUUUAGCUGUAGAUGUAAUUUGCUUCGAAUUGAAUUUGAAUCCAAGGGAGAAUUAGCGUUGUUGUUAGGGAAUACUGACAAUAUUUAUUCAGGUGUUACUAGCCUAAUGCAGAGCCACAUGUAACAAAUGGAAGCACUACUUAUCAGAAGAAAACUCAAAAGUAAAUAUUUAUUU